GACAACGACAACCUCAAAUUCAAAAUGACCAUCAAUAGCCAAACUACUGCAGCAUCCGGCCUUCGGACCGUCAACGACCAUGCUCUCAUUGGCCAAGCUGCGAAAAUACCUGUUCCCGACCCUGUCCAGGUUGUCUCCAUCAACCCCGUGAUAAUUCCAGCCCCCGAGCGCAUCAUCGACCUGCACAUGCGCAUCACCGCUCCAACCACCGGAAGCAACCUACCAGUUAUCCUGCUCUCUCACGGCCAUGGUAACUCGAACCAUCUCUCCUCGUUGAAUGGCUACGGCCCCCUGGCCAACUUCUGGGCCGCGCGUGGCUUCGUCGUCAUUCAACCGACCCAUCUCAGCUCCAAAUCCCUCAGCCUUGACGCCUCGGUCCCCGGCGCCCCUCUUUUCUGGCGUUCCCGUGUCAAAGACAUGAAGCUCAUCCUCGACCAGCUCGACCAAAUCGAGGACCUCGUCCCGCUUCUUAAGGGCCGGAUAGAUCGCGCCUACGUAGCGGUGGCCGGGCACUCCUUGGGCUCGCACACCGCCGCUAUGCUCCUAGGUAUGCGUCUGGUCGACGAGGACGGAAGUGUCAUCGAUCUCUUUGAGCCGAGGAUCAAGGUUGGUAUCCUCCUUACCCCGAUUGGUAACGGGGGAGAGGAUCUGAAUACCAAGGUGUUCGAGAUGUUCCCGUUCCUCCGCCAUACAAGCUUCGCGGAAAUGAAGACUCAAGCCUUAGUGGCCGUCGGCAAUAUCGACGAGUCGCCUCAUUUGACGGUCCGGGGCGCCGACUGGCAUGCUGAUGCGUAUGUGCACAGCCCUGGGCCGAAGACUCUGUUGACUAUAGUGGGCGGGACGCAUGGACUGGGAGGUGUGGCAGGGUACGAUGCGAAGGAGACGACGGAUGAGAGUCCUGAAUUGGUGGCCGUUGUUCAGCGGGUGACCUGGGCGUAUCUUUGGUCGAGACUGUAUGGGGAGGACUCGGUUUGGGAAGAAGCGUCGACGGUGGUGGAUGGCCUGGGCGAGCUGGCUCGGCUCGAGUCUAAGUGA